AUGAAUUCUUCUAACAAACCCGUUUGUACGGUCGCAUUGGGCUGCACCUUUGAUAGGAUUUUCGAGAUUGAAAUUCCCUUUGAUUUACCUUCUGGGUUGUCCAAAAUAGUCGGUUCCUGCAAUGGGUUGUUGUGUCUCGCCACUUUGACUAAUGUUAUAUAUUUGUGGAACCCCAGCGCUAGAAAAUUCAAGAGGUUGCCUGAUUCUUGCUUAGGAAAUUUGGGUGUUGUUACACUCGGAUUUGCUUAUCAUUCGGAGAACAAUGACUACAAGGUUUUAAGGGUUUCGUGUUGUCCUUGGAUAAGAUCGAAUGUGCCUGAUGACAUUGAGGUGUACGUUCGGAUUCAUGGAGAAGGUGGAGCUUUGCACUGGAUCUCACGUGUCGUAGAAGGAGAAGAGGAGUGUAAGGUUGAAGCGAUUAUGUCAUUUGAUGUCAAUAGUGAGGAAUUUAGAAUGUUAAGAAUGCCUGAUGGUGCUAUGUCAAUAGUGAGAUUUCAGACAUGUCUUGCAUUAUUCAAGGGGAAUCUGGCUUUCCUUACAUUUGGACAAAGUGAACAACGUGGUGGCUACCAAUACUCCAUCUGGGUGAUGAAGGAGUAUGGCGUGCUUGAGUCUUAG